AUGUGCAGGCCGUCCAUCUUCAUACUCGUGGUACUAACGCUCAUCAGGGAAUGCUAUGCUACCUGCCCUCCGAUACCGGACAGUCCAACUGCUCGUCUAAUGUACACCUCCAGUAAUACCAUCCAAGUUCUACCAACUUCACCACUUGAAGAGGGUACAGUUGCGACACUCAAAUGUCACACUGGUCUUAAAACAAGCGGCAAAACCACCGCAACCUGCACCUCUGGCAAAUGGAUUGGUCUUCCGCUGGGUGACUGUGCAAAAGAAUGA